AUGACCAUGGUGAACUCUACUCUUGUUUCAUAUUUUACACUCAGUGCCUACUUUGAAACAGGGACUUUCAAACCUUUGUAUUUCCUGAUGAUUCUGGCUUUGUAUGUCUGUAUUAUAGGAGCCAAUGUGUUGCUGAUUGUGGUGAUCUGUGUGAACAGGAGCUUACAUGAACCUAUGUACCUGUUUCUGUGCAGCCUGUUUGUAAAUGAACUGUAUGGUAGUACAGGGUUGUUUCCAUUCCUUCUGUCUCAGAUCCUCUCUGACAUUCACACUGUUUCUGCUCCGCUCUGCUUCCUGCAGGUCUUCUCUGUGUACACUUAUGGAAAUAUAGAGUUUUAUAAUUUAGCCGUCAUGUCUUAUGACCGAUAUCUGGCUAUCUGUUAUCCUCUGCAAUACAACACACGUAUGACUUCUAACAAGGCUGCCGUGUUUAUUGCUCUAACGUGGAUUUUCCCCGUUCUCAAUGUAGUUAUCAUGAUAUCUCUGAGUGCCUCUCUGCAGCUGUGUGGGAACAUCAUCAGCAAAGUGUACUGUGAUAACUACUCCAUUGUUAAGCUGGCCUGCUCUGACACUACAGUCAAUAAUGUGUAUGGACUUGUUUAUACGUUUUCUAUUAUAGUUGCUCUUAUAGUUGUAAUGUUUUUCUCCUACAUCAGGAUCCUCAGAGUGUGUUUCUCUGGCUCCAAACAGACGAGACAGAAAGCUUUCAGUACCUGCACACCUCACCUGGCUGCUCUGCUUAACUUCUCCUUCGGGGCUUUUUUUGAAAUAACACAGAGCAGGUUUGAUAUGAGCAGUGUUCCCAACUUGUUGCGUAUUUUUUUAUCUCUGUACUUCAUCACUUUCCCACCGCUCUUCAACCCUUUAAUAUAUGGACUGAAUUUAACAAAAAUCCGCAUCAUCUGUAAAAGUCUUCUCUUUGGGAAAGUGUAA